AUGGCGGAAAUGGAGAUUGAGAUGAGAACACUGCUGGAGGGGCUGCAGCAGACCGUGGGCGAGAAUUCCGUCGUCUCCAAGGAAUCCGUGUACCCGGCGUUUGAGAGGCUCGGCGAGGUGCACUUGGCGGCCUGCGGGGAGCAGCGCCUGGGCGUCGCCCGGCAGCGCAUCCUGGAAGUCCUCGAAGACUGGAUGAGGCGCCUGGAUGAAUUAUCCCCUUUCCUUCAGGUGGGCGACGACUCCCCGCACUUUGACGCCCCCGACCUGGAGGACUACGAAGGCCCCGCCAUCCCCGACGACCUCGAAGCCAUGGAGUCCGUGUCAGGCGCCCAGCGAGUGUCCCCUGCAGACUCCCCCGCCCGCGAGGAGCUCGCCCUGAGGGGCUUCUGCCCCGUGGCGCUGGUGCGGCGGGGCGGCCUCCUGAGGCGCGGGGACGCUUCCUUGGGCUGCGUCAGGGUCGGGGACGCCACCUUCACGCUGUCCAGCGCCAAAGCGAGGGACCUGUUUGCAGCGAGCCCGGGAGAAUACCGCAAGGGCGUCGCCGCCGCCGUGAGAAAGGAGCCUUUCCUGGCGAAGCUGCUAGGGCUGUUGGCCACCCUGCCCUGGGCCAACGUCAGCAACGUCACCUCCAUCACGCGCGAGCGGCUGUCUUGCGACUUCGGCAUCCAGACGCCCACCCACUUUGAAGAGUGCCACAUCGACGUCGACUACGAAUGGAAUGUCUGGGCGCUUCGAAGGAGGGCACUGGAGCUGGCGAAUCUGCGCGGGAAAGCCACCCAUUCAUGCCAGACGCACCUCAGCCACUUCCGGCGCGACGGCAACACGCAGGUGUGGAGGCCCAAGGCGGCCUCGGUGCAGACGCCCUUCAACAAGGGCCAGUGCAUGCCAAGGAGGCUCCGAUAUGUGGCGGGCCUCAGGGGAGGCCCGGACGUCAAGAUGCGAGUCGUGAGCCUGCAACUCGACGUGGGGCAGCCACACCAGUACUGA